AUGGUGGCGAUCGAUGACGAGCACAAUGGCUGGCGGAGGCUGGUUCUCCCCCUCGCGCACGAUGAUGAGCUGAUCAGAGACGCAGUCCUGUCGGCUUCCGCGUACCACUAUUCUACGAGUGUGUCGCCGCAGUCCAUCAUGCCCACCAAUAUUUACUACCAAGCCAUUGGCAAACUUCGGAGGCGGCAAGAUCUUGAGCAAUACGAUAUCGCAGGAAAGCAGGCUGUGGUGUUGUCGUUGCUGGUGUUCUUGGCCACCGUUCUUGUCAGCGGCUCCUCUGAUUUUCGCAUCAUCCUGAAGCUACUGGAGGCAGCCGUGCAAGCUGUGGGCGGGGAAGAGAGGUUGAAUGUCGGGGAACUUGGCAUUUUCCUGGUCCGGCAGAUACGAAAGUUCCGUAAUUACGCCUCGCCGCUCCUCAGUCAAGCACAGGGUCUCGCAGUGUUAUCCCAAACGUCGGCGUUGCUCCGCCCCUCGAAAUCGCGUGGCUGGGACGAUUUCACAGCCCUCUACAACAAAUACCCAGAACAUCAAAAGUCCAUGUCCAUCGUCUACGACCUGAACGAGCAGGUCUGCAACAUCUACGUCCAGAGAGCACGCUCCGGGCCCAACGGACCACCAUUGACUGACGAGGUCAACCAGUUCAGGUCCACACUGGACACUUUCCCGUCCGGACCGCUGUCAGAGAACGUUCUCACCUGGCCCAUCUUCAUCGCGGCCCUCGAGAGCACGACUCCGGAGCAACAACAGUAUUUCACCCAACGCCUCCUCGCUCACCACAGCCGCAGCGGCUUUGCCAACAUCCUCACCGGCGUCGAGCAGUUGAAAUGGGUGUGGAACAAUGACAACCGCACAAAUUGGACGCAGUUGCUGCCGGACUUCGAGGCCUUUAUUGUAUAA